AAGCGAGAUUCAUAUUGGCUAUGGCUGCUCAAGCUUGUACCGGCUCUCAGCUUGGAGCUCUUUUGAGAAAGCGAAGCUGCGUUGGAAAGCCAUGGGAAGGAAAUCGAAUCAACACGAGGCGCCGUGGUGUGGCUUGUGCUGCGGUGGGUUGUAGCGAUUUGAUCCAAUUGGCUCCAGCGCUGGUAGCCGACGCAUCGUCCUGGAGUGCUGGGGAUUGGCUCAGUGGUUUGCUCUUCAACGCGGGCCAGGACGCAAACAGUGCGGUGCAAGGGGAAUUAUCGGCCCUCUCUCUGGCGAGCGUCGCAACCAUCUUUGGAGCGGGUCUUGUGACGAGCCUCUCGCCAUGCACGCUCAGCGUUCUACCAUUGACGCUCGGCUACAUUGGAUCAUCGGGGUCAGGGAAGAGUCAAGCGCAGAUCGCGGUGGAUGCUUUUGCAUUCUCGAUGGGAUUGGCGACAACGCUCGCGGUCCUGGGGAUUGUGGCAUCGCUCGCUGGAAAGGCUUACGGGCAGAUCGGGCAAGGCCUUCCAAUCGGUGUCUCCUGCUUGGCCAUGCUUAUGGGACUCAACCUUCUCGAGAUUAUUGAGCUGCAACUGCCAUCGUUCUUCGGAAACUUCGAUCCUCGCUCUGCUGCUGCCAAUCUUCCCACAAGUGUUCAGGCCUAUCUAGCCGGCUUAACGUUUGCUCUCGCGGCCUCUCCGUGCAGCACACCUGUUCUUGCGACUCUACUCGGCUAUGUCGCAGCUUCCCAGGACCCGGUGACUGGCGGUGCAUUGCUGCUUGUCUAUACAAGCGGCUAUGUCGCACCACUGCUACUCGCAGCAUCGUUUGCUGGUGCUCUUCAGCAACUUUUAGCGCUUCGGAAGUUUUCUGCAUGGAUCAAUCCUACCAGUGGAGCCUUGCUUCUGGGAGGAGGGCUGUAUACGUUUCUCGACAGAACAUUUCCAUCAUCAUCUAUGUCCUCAAUGAUGAUGAUGUAGCUUUUCUAUGGAAAAGAGAUAGAUCAUUUAAAAUUAAAGCUAGUGCUUUGUUCUAUUGGAACAAACCAUUAUAGCCAAUAAGAUUCCGCCAUGGUCUUUUGCUUCUAAAAA